CGGCGCAUCAGUUGACUGUGGACACUGACUCGAUCUAGUUCACUAGUUCUCAGCUUUUCUGUAGUGAUUCAAUUACUCGUAUAACAUUCAAUUGUGCUAAUUAAAAAUAAAUAAAUAAAAAGAAAAGAAAUAGCCAAGUGUGUUCAGUUGGAUAAAGAUGUUUAAACGGAACAAAAGUUACAAGCUCGAAUCGAUUUACGAUCCGAAAAAUGCCAUUACGCAGAACUCGACCAAAGUUCAAAACGAAAACGGUGAUGAAAAAUCGCCGGAGGCAUUCACCGGUAGCGACGGUGUCAUCGACUACGCCAAAAUGACGGAACGACCGGCUGUUCGUCGGCGUCGUUUCUUCAGUUUGGGCGUCGUCAGUUUCACGGCCUUCAUUUUCAAUCUGUCGUUCUCCAUCAUCUUGACGAGCGCCAAACCUUAUCUGGACAAGAUGGAUCCUACAGCCGGGACAGAUUUCCUCGGUCUGUUUAUCGCUGCCCAGCCUUUGGCGCAGCUCAUUUUCAGUCCAAUCAUGGGCUAUCUGGGCAAUAAAUUGGGCUCCGUUCGCAUCUUGUCCAUGAUCUCCAUGUCUUUUCUCGCCCUCGGUUUCGCCCUCUACGCUUGUGUGGCCGCUCUUCCAGAGCCGAGGCGGUGGUACCUGUUCGCCGCACGUUUCCUCAUCGGAGCCGCUGGGGGUUCGAUCACGCUCUGCUUCAGUUACAUCGCAACAGCCACCACAACCAAAGAGCGAACGACGGCCGUUUCUCUCUUCCAGAUGGCCCAGUCUUCUGCUUUCGUUGUAGGCCCAGCUAUUCAGGCUGCAUUCGCUCCUUUGGGCUCCAUCAUCCCGGAAGAAGGUGAAUCGCAAUUGUACUUUGACAUGUACACCGGUCCGGCUUGGCUGUCCGUCAUUUUGGCCAUCAUCAACGUGUUCGUCUUCUUGCCUUGCAUCUUUACCGAGUACAAUAUUGCCAAGGAGGAGGGCGAGUAUCUCGCCGAGCUGGCCGCCAAGAACAACAAGGACAACAACAAGGAGAAACCGGAACUCAAAGAUCCGGAUGUCGUAGGCUUGGUCACGUGCAUCAUUGUUUUCGCUUCCGUCCAAUUCAAUUUCAUCUUCCUCGAAAGCGUUGCCACUCUACUGACCAUGGAAAUGCUCGGCUGGGAUGAACAGAGGGCCAUCGUUAUUGUCGGCAUCGGUUUCGCCGCUGCUGGCCUUUACAGCGGUCUCAUCUUCUCCGUCAUGGCUCCAACAUCUCGCAAGGUGGGCGAACGUAUCGUCAUGAUGGUCGGCAUCAUCUUCCUCCUUUUGGGACCAGUGGCGCUUUACCCGUACAGUGGACCACCUCCUCAGUUCAGGUGUAACGCAACAGAGAGUGAACAUGCAGCGCUAGGGGCCAACUACUUCCCAGAGCUUUUAAUCAGGGAUGGCAUCCACGAUGUGUGGAGCACGUUUGAAGCAACGGCAGAGGAGGCCGAGGGGAAUAGCACUUGCCGACCAGUGCAAUCAUUCAAUGACACGUGUUCAUACAACGCAACAUGUUGCAUCCCCGACGCUGGAUGCCCUAACUGCGACCAGCCGUGGUGUGAGACUUUGCCGGCCAUCACUUCGGGCCAGAUGAUUACUGGAUUUGCGCUCAUUGUCACAGGUUUCCCGAUGGGCGCAUCCAUGGGCAACGCCGUUUUCAGCAAAAUCCUCGGCCCGUUUCCGCAGGGCACCUGGAUGGGUAUUUUAGGUGCGGGCGCUUGUCUGGCUCGUGUGCUGUGCCCCAUUUGCGUGACUAAUUUAUACUCGGCUUACGGAACAUGGUACGCGUUCGGUUUCAUGACGAUAGUCAUGGCCGUCGUUUUGAUCAUCUUCUUCAUCUUCUACAAACGUCUCGUGCCCUACAAAUACGACGACUCCAAUUAGCCAAAAUCAGUUUUGAUCAAAUUUCCUUUUGAUUCGUUUAGUUCUAUUUGUUUGUUUGUUUUUUUCCAAUGUUUUAGGGAAGAACCAAGUUUUGUAUUUGUCAUGGCUCUUGUUGUUCGUCCAACGAUAAACCCUAAAAACGGUAAA